CUCCCUGCCAGAUCGAAAGCCAUGGGCCGGCGUCUCCUCCAGGCCUCCUCUGGAGUUGUUCUCUUUCUCGUGAGCAUGGUGCUCCUUUCCACGAGGCGUUACGGCAUCCAGGAAGCGGUUGGCAACCAGAGACUUUCAGGAGGGAUAUCUGGCAGAUGGGCAUGGAGGGAGAUGAUGCUGGCGGGUGUGGCAGACUGGAGAAACAGGAGGGAGACUGAGCAUGGAAAACAACUCCAGGGCCACGAUGACGGUAUGGCACAUUCUGCUGCUGGGAGAAGCCUCUUGCUGGAAGAGCUUUUUAUCGCUGUCAAGACAACCCAGAAGUUCCACCAGUCCAGGAUGGGAUUGCUGCUGGAGACCUGGAUCUCCCGGGUCAAAGGACAGACAUAUGUCUUCACUGAUAAAGAAGAUGAUGAGCUACGGGAAAAACUGGGUGAUCACGUGAUCAUCACAAACUGCUCUGCAGAGUACAGCCAUCCAGCACUUUCUUGCAAAAUGGCGGCAGAGUUUGAUGCCUUUUUGGUUAGCGGCCUAAGCUGGUUUUGCCACCUUGAUGACGACAACUACCUGAACCCACAAGCUCUGCUCAAGCUCUUGUCUUCUUAUUCUCUGGACCAAGAUGUGUAUAUUGGGAAGCCCAGCUUGAACAGGCCAAUUCGUGCCUCAGAAGCUUCGCCUAACAAUCAGACAAAAUCAGUGUAUUUUUGGUUUGCUACUGGAGGUGCUGGAUUCUGUAUCAGCAGGAAGCUGGCCCGAAAGAUGGCUCCCUGGGCAAGUGGCAACAACUUCCUGAUCACAUCUGAGCUCAUCCACCUCCCAGACGACUGCACUGUGGGGUAUAUCAUUGAACGUAAGCUAGCCGGUCACUUGGUCCCUAGUGACCUGUUCCACUCUCACCUGGAGAACUUGCACGUCAUCCAGGGUCCCCAACUUACUAAGCAGGUCACUCUCAGCUAUGGCAUUUUUGAGAAGAAACUCAAUGCUAUUGAGCUGUCUGGUCCUUUUUCUCCACAAGAUGACCCUUCCAGGUUCCGAUCGCUUCACUGCCUUCUUUAUCCAGACACUUCCUGGUGCCCACAGCCAGUCAUCCUGUGAAAACUGCUCAGAAGGUCUCACCGUGAAUGGUGAAGAAGAACAUGAGAAGAGCCCUGCUGGACCAGGUCAA